AAUCUUUCAGCUUAUUAUUAUUAUAUGUGAAAUUGUUUAAUUGCAGCUAAAUCAGAUAAAAUAAAAUAUAAUGUCCGACGCUUCAGUAAGGAUUCCAGGUCGCCGGAGCUAUGUACGUGUAGUGGUGGUCGGUGAUCGUGGCACCGGUAAAUCAAGCUUAAUCGCCGCAGUUGCGUCGGAAAGUUUUAUCGAAAGUGUCGCGCCGGUCCUUCCGCCAACUCGAUUACCGGCCGAUUACUUUCCUGAUGGCGUUCCGGUUAUAGUUAUUGAUACUGCAUCUAGUUUGGAAGGUAAAGCUAAGUUAGAGGAAGAAUUAAAACGAGCCGAUGCGGUUGUGGUAACAUACGCUUGUGAUCAAACUGAAACGCUUAAUCGUAUUAGGAAUUUCUGGCUUCCGGAAGUUCGUCGCCUUAAGGUUAAGGUACCGGUGAUCGUGGUAGGUUGUAAGACGGAUUUGCGUGAUGAAAACUAUCCAAUUAGUUUAGAGCAUGAAAUGGCUCCACUAAUGCAACAGUUUAGAGAGAUUGAAACUUGUAUAGAGUGUUCUGCAGCUGACCUUCUUCAGAUACCUGAUGUCUUCUACUAUGCUCAAAAAGCAGUGCUUCAUCCAACAGCACCUUUGUUUGAUCAAGAAUCUCAAACUUUGAAACCCCGAUGCAUAAGAGCAUUAAAAAGAAUUUUUGGUCUUUGUGAUCUUGAUAUGGACGGUGCCCUAAGUGAUAGCGAGUUAAACGAAUUUCAGAUCAAGUGUUUCAAUGCUCCGCUACAACCUGCUGAAAUAGUGGGUGUUAAGAGAGUUGUUCAGGAGAAGGUGCCUGAAGGGGUCAAUGAGCGUGGGCUUACCAUUGCUGGAUUUCUUUUUCUUCAUGGCCUAUUUAUUGAAAAAAGCCGCGUUGAGACAACGUGGACUGUUUUGCGUAAAUUUGGUUACAAUGAUGACAUUGAACUCCGGACGGAAAAUCUUCCUGUUCCAUCUAAAAAGACUCCUGACCAGAGUGUUGAGUUAACUAGUGAAGCCGUGGACUUCCUGAUGGGAAUUUUCUUUUCUUUCGACUCUAAUAAGGACGGAGCUCUACAGGAUUUCGAACUUCAUGAACUGUUUGGAACUGCACCAGAAAGUCCUUGGGAUGAAGCUCCAUAUAAGAAUAGUGCAGAGAGAACCGAAUUUGGGGAUUUAAGACUUUCUGGGUUUCUUUCCCAGUGGGCCCUAAUGACAUUACUCGAUCCAGCAAAAAGUCUGGCCUAUCUUAUAUACCUGGGAUAUCGUAAUGAUCCUGCGACAGCACUUCGUGUUACUAGGAAAAGAACCUUAGACAUUAAAAAACAACAAUCUGACAGACAUGUAUUCCAGUGUUUUGUGUUUGGACCCAAAAAUGCUGGCAAAUCUGCGCUAUUAAAUUCUCAUGUUGGAAGGCCUUUCCAGAACUCAUAUGGUUCGAGUAAUCAAUGCUAUACAGUCAAUGCUGUAGAUCAGCUUCGGGGAACUAAGAAGACUCUUAUAAUGCAUGAAGUUCAAGAAGACGAUGUUAAGCAGUUCCUCUCGAGUAGGGAGUCCCUGGCUGCAUGUGAUGUAGCGGUUUUUGUUUAUGACAGUUCAGAUGAGUACUCCUUGAAAAGAGCAUCAGAACUGCUUAUGGAUGUAGCCAGGCGAGGUGAAGACACUGGUUAUGGCGUGCCUUGUCUCUUCGUUGCUGCCAAGGAUGAUUUGGAUUCUUACCCAAUGGCAAUAAGGGAUUCAGAAGCGAUCUGUCAAGAAAUGAAGAUAGAUGCGCCCAUCCGUGUCAGUGUAAAGGAAAGUAAUAUGAAUAACAUCUUUUGGAGAAUUGUGAGCACAGCUGAACGCUGUUAUUUGAGUGUUCCUGAAACCGAAUAUGGAAGAAACAAGAAACAAUAUCAUCUCCUUGUUAAUCGCUCCCUUAUGUUUGCCUCAGUUGGGGCUGCUGCAGCCGUAAUUGCCUUAGCUGCAUACCGAGUGUAUUCUUCAAGGAAAAGUCACCCCAGUUGAAUUAAAGCAUUAGCAUCUUGAUCCUGGCUCCAGCUGCUGCAAUACAGGAACCAAAAUAAGGGGUUGGAUGCUUAACAUUGUCCCCGCCAUUUUUUUAAAUAUAUAUUUGUACAAAAAAUAGUUUCAAAUCUGCCCUUCAUUACCAGUUUUUGCCGUCAUUAAGAACUCCAUUAUGUUAAUAUCUCAAGUUCUCUAUCAUUUGACCAGUUUUGUAUUUGGCUAAUGUUGGAAUCUUUAGUA